AUUAAUCAAUUUUUCCAAUUAAUUGUAGUUUUUAAUCACUUAAAAUAUGAAAAAUUAAUAGAUUAGGCACCGAUCUAAGUCAUUUAACAAAAAUCCAUUGGAAAUCUACCAAAAAUCAUGGUAGGAACACGAAGAAACAAACCAACCGGGAGCGGUGAUCCAGAUUCGAAGCCGAAAAAAUUGACAAAAGCUCAAUUGAAGCAACUUGAAGAAGCUCCUGCAGCUGAAUCCACGGACCCAUUGGAUGCCGAUCCAGAUUUAGAGGCCGCCACGCGGUCUGAUUCAGCUCUCGGAAAGAAAAUUUCAAAAGAUUCAGAAGUUACAACGGGAAAUACUUCACCCGUAAAUGUCCCAAAACGCGGAAGACCACGAAAAAGUGCGACAGUUGAACCACAAACAAGUAAAAAUGUUUCAAAUGAACCAGAAACGUCAGAAGAAGCACCGAAAGAAACAAAAAAACGAGGAAGACCAAGAAAAUCGGACUUGCAAACACCUCCAGUAGCACAUGCAGUUGAAAAAAUCAAAUCCGAUGAGACGGAUGUUGGAUCAAUGAGCUCCGGAUCGAACAGUAACUCACCAGCAAAUCGCCGAAUCUCGAAUCGAUUGAAGAAAAAGAAUUCUGACUUAGAAUUGUCAAUGGAAGCUCAGGGCGACGAAAAUGCCAACGCCGAAGAAGCUUUAGGCGAAGAAUUCAUCGAAAUCGUUGUUGAAGAACACACAAGUUCAAGUACUGCCUCAAAUUUCGACGAAACCCAAGAAAAACGUUCAUCUCCGAUAACAGCUACUUCAGCAAAUCCCGAUGAAUACGACAUCAGUGAAGGAAAUUCCCCCGAAAUCCGUGUAGAAAUUGUCGAGGACUCGAAUUCGAUGCAACUUGAUGACCCUUCGAGCAUUCCAACGGAAGAAACUUCACAAAACGCGCCCGAAGAAAAAACUGAACAAGAACCAAUCGAAGAAGAGGAAGUCAGUAUCGUGUAUUUGGAUGAAAAUGACACAGUAUUAAGCGACGACAAGAACGAAGUAGCAGAAAUCGUCUCGGAUUCCGAUGCCACAAUGGAUAGCGUGGACUUGCAAACGCACAUUAACUUUGGAAAAGGAAAAAGAACCGCGAAGAAACAAGCGUUGCAGGAAAGAGCCUUUGAACGUCUCAAAAAUGAAGAUUCUGUGUCACCAACGAAAAUGGAAGAAAUUCAGGAAGAGUCGAUUGUUGAAGAAAAAUGCGAAAUUGUCGAAAAAUUGGAAGAAAAAGUGCAAAAAAUCGCAAUUGAAGAAGAAACUCCUGUUGAAUCGCCAAAACUGGAACAAAUGGAAGUCGAAGAAGAGUCAGUUCAAGUAAAAGAAGACACUGAAGAGACUCCAAAAACUGAAAAUCCUUCAAAAUCUGAAGAAAUUUCCGCUAUUGAAGAACUUCCUGCACCAAAAGAACCUUCUACACCGAAAAUUCUCCCAAACCAGAACGUAAGUUCAAAAGUUGACCAAAAAGAAGAGGAACAACCUUCAGAAGAACCAGUUGACACAAAAACUGAUCCCGAACCUACCACUGAGCCAACAAACGAUGACGAAAACUCCACUUCAAUCCGCCGUUCGCGUCGCAUCAAAACCAUCAGCACGCAAAAUCGUCGCUCUGUUGGUCACGGACUCGUCAAAGAUCGUGAAAAAUUCAAAAAAUCCUCCGAAGAAACUUCCAUCCCCACUCAAUGCACAGAUGCGCUCAAAGUAAAAUCCCGUUGGCGCCGUUUAAGCGAAAUCGAGAUGGGCGUUCGUACCGAAGAGCAAUCUGUAGAUGCGGCGGAUUCGGGCAAAACGAAGGAAGAAAUUGACGAAGAGCUGCGCCAAGAGAAAAUUUGCGAAGAAAGAUUGAAGCAUUUUGUCACAAUUAAAGACAACGAGUACAAAUGCGACCGAAAUAUCAGCAAAGAAGCGAAAAAGAUGCUCUGCGAUUGUUUCCUGACGCAAGAAGAGUACGACCAAGGCGAACUGGGAUGCGGCGAAGACUGUUUAAAUCGCAUGUUGAUGAUCGAAUGUGGUCCAAAAUGCAACAUUGGCGAUCGUUGCACGAAUAAACGCUUCCAAAAUGCCGAAUAUGCGAAAUGUAAAGUGUUCCGUACGGAGAAAAAGGGCUUCGGUAUCAUGGCGGCACGCGCAAUUCAACCCAACGAAUUUAUCAUGGAGUAUGUGGGCGAAGUUCUCGAUAGCGAUCAAUUCGAGAAACGAGCAAACGACUAUUCGAACGACAAAAAUAAGCAUUAUUACUUCAUGGCGUUGCGAAGUGAUGCUGUUAUCGAUGCCACAACCCGUGGAAAUAUUUCUCGUUUCAUAAAUCACUCGUGCGAUCCGAAUGCAGAGACGCAAAAAUGGACAGUUAACGGCGAACUUCGAAUUGGAUUUUUUUCGACGCGAUUCAUUCCAGCUGGCGAAGAAAUCACUUUUGACUACCAAUUUCAGCGGUACGGAAAAGAGGCGCAAAAAUGUUAUUGCGAAGCAGCAAAUUGUCGCGGAUGGAUCGGACAAGCGCCGGGCGAUGACGAGAGUGAAGCGGAAGAAAGUGAGGUUUCUGAAGAAUCUGAAGCCUCUGACAAUGAGAAACCCGAAAUUUCGACGGAGGAAAAAGAGAGAAUUGAACAAAAGAAAGCCGUGGAAAAAGAAAAGAAGGAAAAAGCGAAAGUUCAACGCAAAAAACGAGCUUACCGUCGUAAAAAGCGUCAAGAAAUAUUGGAUGACCUGGAUCUCGAUGACGAAAUUGACAUGUUGUGCAGCACAGGCUUGAAAAAUCAACAACACACCUUGAAGCUCAGUCGACUGAUGGUUCGUGCAAAAUUACUUGAAGCUCGUAGCAAACUCUUAAGUUUGCUGAAAAAUGGUGAACUUGCAUGUCGUCGUCUAUUUCUCGAUUACCAUGGGUUACGAUUACUUCAUGGCUGGAUGGAAGACUCGCAAGAUAAUGAUCAAGAACGAUUAUUAAAAUUCCGUAUUUUGCUGCUGGAAGUCUUGAAUGUGCUGCCAAUCACGAAUAAAACGAUCCUGAAAGACAGCAAAGUUUUGUCAACGGUCCAGAAAUGGGCUUCGGAACAUGAUACGUCGCCAAAUUCGAGUUCGCCGAAUGAUGAAUCGAGCGAAAGUGGCUCAGCUACACCCAUGGAGACAAAUGACGCGAAUAAACCGACGACUUUUAAUGCGGAUAUGUUCAAACACAUUCCGGAUUUGAUCAAACAAAGCGAACAAUUGAUCAAAACGAUUGGCGUGGAUGAGUUGAAGCACAUUAUUGACACGUGUGGCGAGAUUCGAGAACAUGUUCAGAAAGAAAAAGAAGAAAAAAGUAAAAUGAAGCAGGAUGGAGGGUCGAAAGAUGUAUCUAUGGCACUUGAUGAGACUUCGAAUCAAGAAAAAACAAUGGAAAAAUCGGAAGAAAUUGAAAAAAUGGCAUCUGAUACGGAAAAACAAGAAGUAAAAUCAGAAAUUUUUGAGGAAAUGGAGACAUCCCAAGAAGUUUCAAAAGAAGUUGUUGAAGAAAAACCUUCCGAAAGUGAAGAAUUGUCAACUAAAGUCGAAGAACCUACCACAAAAGAUGAAAUUUCUGAACCCAAAGACGAUAAAAAAGAAGAAUCUAAAGAAAUUUCCGAAGAAACUGUCAAAAUUGAAUCUCAACCUGCUGAAACAGCUCCCGAAAUGCCCGGAAUUCAAUUCAAAGAUCUGAAAAACGAGCUCUGCCAAUUAGCGAAAAAACUUCUAAACGCCUGGAAAGACCUCAAAGAGAGUUUCCGCAUCCCCAAAAAGGAACGAAUCGAGCAAAUGAAGGAACACGAACGCGAAGCCGACUUAAAUCAAACUCCCGAACCCGCCAACAAAGAUCGUUACGUUUCCCGUUACCGCGACAAAGAACGCGAACGCCCGCAUGAAACGCGCGAAACAACAUUCCCCAAGCCGCCGAAGGAAAAAACGUCACUUUUGUCCAAAGAGCAACGCCGACACUUGUUCGAGAUGAAAGUAGCGCAACAGGAGCACGAACGUCGCCAACAAGAAAUUUGGUAUUGUCACGAACAAAAUUGCUUGAAAUUUGGCAUUAAUCCGAGACAUGUGGCGCCCCAAGAUGUUCCCGCGAUGAUGAAUCCAAUUACGGGGCAGUAUUAUACGGCGGAUCGGAGACCUUUGCCAACGCCGCCGAGUCAUCAAUACAUGAAAUUUGUGCCGCCUCCGUUGCCAACAAAUCCAAGCGAAUACGAUUUACCUCCCAUGGAUCUGCCGCCGAUGUGGAAAUUCGCCAUUGAUGAUCGAGGUCGCAUUUAUUAUUACCACAUUAAGAUCAGAAUUCCUCAAUGGAAGCCUCCAAUUAAGAUUCAGCCCUUGAGUGAACCGAAUGACGAUGAUGAGGAUGAUUUUCAUUUAUCUGACGACGGAUCUGAGUCAAGUACAACCGACACUUGCGAUUCUGAGGAAGAAGAGCUCAAGGAAAAGCUGAAUAUCCUCCAAGAAUGCAAGGAAAAGAGUAAAACUCAGUUUAAUUUGGACGAUCUGCUCGCGAAACCGAGUGACAUGAACGAAGAUGACGACGAAAAGCAUCUUGGAACGAUACCAAGUAUCGAAGAGACCAAUAAUUUAAUUGGGGCACAAGUUAAAGCUGAUAUUCUCAACAGUGCGAGCAACUUUACACGAUCUCUUGAUGCAAUUUUACCGAAUAUCAAACGAAUUCAACGAAAACGUUCGGGAUUGGUGCAAGAACGCAGCAUUAGUCCACGUACCGAGGAGGACAAACGUCGUGGGCAGCUCGAAAUGCGUCGCUACAAAGAGACAAAAGAAAAAUUGCGUCGUCGCAAGGAAGAAGCUAAACGUCGCCAGAUCCAAGGAGGCCCAUCAACUGCAGUUCCUGACCCCCAAACACCCGUUGAUCCAAACAGCAGACCCAAAAUCGUCGACGAACUCGAUAUUCUUCACUCCUCGGAGGUAAAACGUCCCUCCGCCUACGAAGCAUGGAAGGUACAAGAGCAAAAAAUCCGUGCCGAGAAGAAACGACAACAGCAGAAAACCGACGACGAUCGCAGUGCAAAACGAAAAAAGGCAGCUGAGGCAUCGACACUCGUUGAUCUUCACAGCGAGGAAGCACGUCGCAUCAAAGACAAGUUUAGAACUGAUAUCGCGGGCGUCAUUGUGCAUCAUUUGAAGCCUUACAUGACGGAGGACUGCAAAGUUGGUCGUAUCACGAAUUCCGAAGACUUUAAGCAUCUCGCGCGAAAACUCACGCAUUUCGUUAUGCUGAAGGAAUUGAAGCACUGCGACAACACGAUCGUUCAUUUGGGCGUCACGGAGUCCGUGAAGGUGAAAGCACGGGAAUUUAUCAAGAAAUACAUGUCGAAGUUUGAUCCGGUUUACAUUAAGCCGGAGAACGAGCAGGAAUUCCGUGAAUAACAUCAACUUGUCCCUGCCAAAGGGACCGAAAUUGUGAUUAAUGAAGAGAAAGUAGAAGAAAAUGUCGUUGAUGAAAACGACAAAAAAUUGACAGAAGAAAAUAAAGAUUAAAUUAAUGAAAAAUUGUUAGAUAGAACUAGCAUGUAAAUAUUAUAAUAAUAAAGAUAGAAAUACAUUUGAAACGUUU